ACUGCGAUGUAGGCAGACGUCGCCACAGCUCGCGCCAUAAACAGUGGGGCACGCUGGAGCGCUCCCUGCCGUCUGUGGGGCAUGGGCCGAGGAACGGCCGGGCGCCUCAAUGGACCGGCCCGCCCACCGAAAUUCGCCCCGUAACUUUCGUUUACCGGUGGUCCGUCAGCCACCAAGGUCAGCCGAACGAUGAGGGGCAGCUGAGCGUCGCCACCGUCGCUUGUAAGCCUCGGGUCAGCGAGACAGCGAACAAGGUACUCAAGAUGGCGGCUCGCAGCAAGUCGGCCGAGGCGCCGCCCGACGCAGGCCCCGCCCCCUGCCUGGCACCGAGCCGGGGCGCCGGAGCGCCUCUGCGCAUGCUCAAGAGAACGGUGAUGCUGGAGACCGUCAGCAAGUCGGUGACGGAGCGCAAGGAGAGCACCAAGCAGGUCACGGACCAGGCGACGGGCGUCGAGCGCCGCCGCGACUCGCACAUCGAGACCAGCACCACCGAGGAGGUGCGCAGCAAGCGCCAGGAAGAGACGGUCGAGUCGUACGACGGCGCGCCGCUGCUCGCCGCGUCGCAGCCGACGCUCAGCACGCCCGCUCCAGCGCCCGCGACCGUGGCCGGCGGAAGAGCCUCGGUACCCGACGUGUCGCCAGACGCGUCGCGCAAGUCCUCACCCAAGCACCCGGUCGCCAUUCGCGUCCAGGACGACCAAGCCGAGGAAGAAACAACGUCGGCGGCGGAGCGCCCGCAGGGCCCCGAUCACGCGGCGCCGCAUGAUGGGCCAGUCGGUCCUGGGGCGUCCAUCUUGAGGGCCCCGUCGAGCGAAGACGUCGAGAAUCGCAAGAGCACGGGCCACAAGCUCGAGUUCCAGGCUGAGGACGCGGAGUACCAGCGGGCCCCGCUCGUGAAGCCACCGGAAGACUUGCUCCUGAAGGCGGCCACCAGCAGCGAACAGGGUGACGACGACGACGAGGUGGCCGAGCCGCCGCCGUCCCGCUUCAACCUGAGGCGCAAGGACUCGAUCGCCGUAGCCAAGCUACGGAUGCUGCGCCAGCAGGAGGGAGAAGGCAGCGAGGAAGAGCCGCUCGACGAAGAGGAGCCGGCCGAGCUGGGCGCCGCCUCGCCGGACAAGAAGCACCCCGUUUUCCGUCCGCCGACCGUCAUCAGCAUCGUGCCCGAGGAAGAUUACUCCACGGCUUCGGAACUGGUCGACGCCGCGGCAGGGAAAGGUCCUCCCCCCGCCGACGACUCCCAGGCUGUCGAGGGCGAGCCGCACACUGUCACCGAGAGCAGCACGCACAUCGACAAACAGGUGACCUCGACCGAGAAGCAGGAGGUGCAGGCGUUCGCCAACGAGGUCGUCACCCGCGUGGAUGCCGACGAGGUCGUCAAGCAGACCCGCUCCGAGGUGACCUCGGAGACGUCGACCUCCAUUGUGCCACGCGAAACCUCGGCAGCCGCCAUUGUCGCGACGGUCGUCGACGACGUGUCGGCCACCGUGAAGACCCCCAUGGACAACCGCUCCAUGCACUCCCUUUAAUGCGCCAUGUGCCACAGUUACAAGACCGUUUACCGUUACAAGCAGCGACAGCGCGUCAAGCAGCUGCAGGGUGCUUGACGGUGUCUUCUGCGGAAUCGCUUUUUCUUGCCACACCGAAACCAUUUAUUAUUAGCUGUAGUGUUCACCUUCCCCUGAAUAUAGACCGACGGCCACUACCACCGACGGCCCUAGUGCUUGUGUAAAGCGGCAGCUAAAAUUCGGUUCGUGUUUAUGCAAUAUUAAUCGUGUAAUGCGUGAGUGCUGACUUGUUCGCGAUGUCGCAAGCGCCGACCUAGAGUGGGCCAUGCAUGGCGCCGAUCGCGCGUCUCCCAUUACGGGGAAAGUGCUUCGCGCGCUAUGGCAAGCCCACAACCAGCCGCGCAGGUAGCCACGCGCAUCUGAUUCGUCUUUAGUUCAGCAACAUGGCUGCAACUGUUCCAUCCGGACUGCGUCCGAAUGUGAUUUGUGCGUGCGGCAAUGCAGCACUUCCGUCCAUCGAAGCCCACGAAUAACAUCCGAACGAGUUUUCUAAUGCACCGCUUGGCCUUUGAUGACACCUGUGACAUGCUUGCCAAGGAAUUGGAGCCUGUCGUAAAGAGCAGUUAACUGAAAGCUAAAAAAAAAGAAGAAAAAUAAACAGAGCGGCUGUAGUGUAUA